CGGCGGCCUAUCAGAGACGAGCCAUCGCUUGAGGGGCGGUGAUGUAUCAUGCUUUGUGUUGUAAGCAAGUGUCGGUCUUGAACGAAAUCGAAUAAUUCAGUCAAACUGCAGCUUCAGAAUGAAGACCUUAGUAGUGUUCGACUUCGAUCACACUAUAGUGGAUGACAACAGCGACACAUGGGUGAUCCGCUGCACUCCCGAGCAGACGUUACCGGACUGGCUGAAGAAGUCAUACCAGAGAGGCCGCUGGACCGAGUACAUGGCUCGAGUCUUGACCUACAUCGGUGACCAGUCCGUCCAGCCGGAGCACAUGCGCGCGGUCAUGGAGAGCAUCCCGUUCACCGACGGAAUGAUCGAGCUCCUGACCUUCAUAUCUGAGAACAAGAAAGACAUCGACUGCAUCAUAAUCUCCGAUUCUAACACUGUCUUCAUAGACUGGGUUUUGCAUGCAUCAGGGUUGAAGUCCGCUAUGGAUGACGUCUUCACCAACCCUGCCAGCAUCGAUGCGCGCGGCUAUGUGAGUUUGCGCUGCUGUCACGCGCACGACUGUCAGCAAUGUCCUGUAAACCUGUGCAAGAGGAGGGUGCUGCAUGAUUUCAGAGAGAAGCAGGCUAAGGCUGGUGUGCAUUAUGAGAGGAUUUGCUAUAUAGGAGAUGGAGGAAAUGACUUUUGCCCUAUUAAAGAAUUGAAAGAAGGGGAUAUUGCAAUGCCUAGGAAAGGAUUCACCCUUGAGAAACUGUUGUGCAAAGCCAUUUCAGAGGGUUCAGAGUCACUCCCAGCGAAAAUCAUGCCUUGGGCUAGCGGCAAUGAAAUCCUCAGGGAACUAAGAGCUCUAAUUGAGUAAUACAGUAUUAUAACCAGUAUUGUGAGUAACUACAAACUCACUGAACUAUAUGAAUAGCACAUGUUUAUUCUGCAGUAAAUGCAUUAUGUGCAUCCUAUCAUAACUCAUUUCCCCCUUAAUCUACUUGAUAAACUAAUUCGGGCAUGCUGUAAUAUCUGUCAUGAUUAAGUUUACAUUUCGGUUGCGGUGCACAUUUGUAAAUGUCAUUUUUAGCAGAUUUACAUCUAAUUGUUUUAAAUCUCUUGGAGAUUUAAAUCAUAAAAUAAGCUCACUGUUUGGAUUUAUAUAACAAAUAAUUUAACAGUUUGAGGUGCUUAAUAUGUAAUUCAUUGAGGUUUGCUGCAGAACGUCUAAAUGAACAAAUGUAAAUGUGUUAGCUAGCUGAAUAUUUAUUCUAAAAUAUGCACGACGAAAAAUACUAUGCUAAUAUAUACCAUUGUUGUCAUGCUGUAAGAAUUAAUGCAGCCUGAAUGAGACACUGCAGUUUGGUACUACUAUGAAAUGAAAAUAGUUUAAUAUUUAAAUGCAGAAGAUAUAAAAUGGACCUUAUUAUUAUUAUUAUUAUUAUUAUUAUUAUUAUUAUUAUUAUUAUUAUUAAUGGAAACCCUAAUCUGCUUGUUAGUACCUUAUUUGCAUAUACAGUGGACCCCAAAAGUCUGAGACCGCUAGUAGAGUUUUUAUUUUAGUUAUAUUAUUAUUAUGUUUUAUAUAUAUAUUAUUAAUAUUUUUAAUUGAUUGUAUAUUACAAAUAAAUUAAAUAAUAAAACAAAAAUAUAUAAAUAUUUGCAUAAGGAAAUGUACUUUACAAAUGGUCAGAAAUUUGAAAUUGAAUUUCCUAUUAAUUUUACGGCAUUAUUAUUACUGAAACACAUUUUUUAUUUAUUUCAGAUUGUCAGUGUUGUCUCACACUUUUGGACCUCACUGUAUGUUUCAGUGAUGAGUCCUGAUAACAGCAGUUUGGGGUGACUUUAUAUCAACAGUGUUGUGAAUGUUUGUUCCUGCUGAGCUUGAAUUUAGAUGGGUAUUAUAAAUGCAGCCUGAUUCUUGAUUUGGAGUGUUGUAUUGAAAGCAGACGGAUGAAAGGAAACAGGGACUCUAGUACUGGUUUAUAAACGACAGAGAAGCUUGCAUGUCAGAAAAGUUAUAUGACUGGAGCAUCGCCAUACUCUCCUAAACCGAGACCUUGUUCCUGUUAAUAUUUACAACAAAUCCUGUGUCCUUUGUACUCGUGACACACAGGCCAUUCACAUGUUUAGUGUCUGAUUAUAAAGGAAUAAAUUAA